AUGUCACCAACCAAUGACACCCAAGCUCCUCCUCUCCCUGCAGAUCAUAUGCAUAUCAAAAAAUCAACAAGAAUUCGCCAGCCACCUAUUCAUCUACAAGAUUACUACUGUGGUACAGUGUGUUCAAUUCAAGAAUCAUCCCAGGAUUCAGCUUCAACUAGUUGCUCCUCAAAGGCAGGAUACCAGAACUGUGAACUUCCAGUUCCACAAAAAUUCAAAAUUCAUGGUUUUUUGCCAGUGGAUAACAACGGACAAGUAAUGCAUAAUGAAGACCAAUUUGGAAGAAACUACUUGAAGGAAGAGGAUGUACAUAUAAAGGAAGAAUUGGAUGAAAUGUGGCUGGAUCUUCGUCGUGAAAAGCAAAACUUUUAUUUCUGGGCCGAGGAAUGGAAAAAGCAUGGAAAUGAUAUUGGAUAUACCCCAAACUCCUAUUUCAAGUUGGCUCUACUAUGUAAGAAAAAAUUGGAUGAGACUAUCGAGGGAGAUCUAGUUGAAUAUUUAAGCGGAAUAGGUUUCGAACCGCAUGCAACUGCUGACUACUGGAAUCAACAAUUUCCAAUAAAAAUGCUGAAAAAAACUAAAUCCGUUGCAGAGAUAAAGUGUAACACGGCCGAUGGCAAAUCCCAACUUUUCGAGAUUUAUAUAUGCUUUACGGGGACAGGAGUUAUUAAACGUUGUAAUUACCUUGUAGAUGCAAAAAAUAAGAUGUAUUACUAUGCUCACAAUUGCGAUCAUAGGAUUAUAUUCCCUGUCGAAAAGGAACAGGAACAGGAACCACUGAGUAGAUCCAAUAAAGAUGAAUUGUAA